GCCCGUUAGCCGGCAAUGAGACAGCAAACACGGACUCCCGCUUCCCCGACAUGGACCUAAAAAGCUCCUUUUUCCACUACAAAGACGGAUUCUGUUCAGCGGCGGGCGGCGCGAGCUGCUAGUCCGGCUGCUUCCGGCCGCCGGCGGGUGACACUCGACGUCCGGGGAGAGGAAUGGCAGCGACGGCGGGCUUCCUGCGACAUUCCCCGGCCAGCUAAGAAGAAGGACUUCCACUGGAUUACCCGUUUUUCUGAAACGACAGGGGAUAUUUCUCGUAAGUUUGGCCCUCAUCCCCGCGCUGCGACCGCUGUUAGCAGAGGAAAAGUUGAAUACAGAGUUUUUCCUCCAACUACCCGGAUCAGCUGGAAGAGGACGACAGUUCCAAACUCUGGGAUUAACUCCAGGAGCUUUAUCUGGAUUUUAAAGGACAUAAAUCUCAUGACUCUUCACUCAUGACCCAGCUAGCCUCGGUGUUAGCCGGUAGAAAGUGAAGCCACGCCCCCUUCCCCCCCCCCCCAGGCUCCUUUUACAACCAUCAUGCACCACCAGGACUUCUCCGGCGAUGCCCCCGGGUCCGGGGGCAGGAAGCCGGCCUACCACUUCCGGCGGGGCAGCAGCAGCGCCGAGGACCACCAGGGCCCGGCGUCCCCCUCCCCGGGGACAGCGUCCCCUGGCGGGACGUCCCACCACCACCACCAGCAGCAGCCACCGCCGCAGGCCGCCGGCGCCCAGGUGAAGAAGAAGAGCGGCUUCCAGAUCACCAGCGUGACGUCGGCCCAGACCAACGCCAGCGGCAACAACAGCCUGGCGGACGACACGGAGAGCUACGACGACAUGGACGAGUCGCACACCGAGGACCUGUCCUCAUCUGAAAUGCUGGACAUGCCGUCCCGGGCGGCAGACGCCACCGGCGCCGGCGGCAGCGGCGUCCCAGAGCGGAGCUCGUCGGACGAGACUCUGAACAGCCUGCACGGCGUGGACUCGCCGGGGCUGGGCUCGCCCAACGAACCACCGCCGCCACAGGCGUCCCUGGUCAAUGGGACAGCGCCUCAGCAGCACUACUACCCACAGCGCCGCCAUGACGACCCGGCGCCGCCCACCAUGGCUCCCAAACCCGCCGCCACCUCCGCCGCUUUGGAUAACACUAAACCUGCUGUAGGCGGCGGGACGACCGCUGAUCCACACGUACACGGCGUGAACAUUCCCGCCGCCGCCCCUUUGGGAUCUGACAACGCUAACAUGACGGCCCCGUCACGUGACGCCCCCGCCGCCGCCAACACUCACAGCCAGCACACCCAGACCGCCACCGGCUCGCGCUUCCGCGUGGUCAAGCUGGACACGAACUCCGAGCCGUUCCGCAAGGGGCGCUGGACGUGCACGGAGUACUACGAGAAGGAGGUGCCCCACCCGGCGGCGCCCGAUGCGCUGAGAGGCGGCGAGGCGGCGGCGGAGGGCGAGGCGAGCAACGCGGGGAUCGGCAUUCCCGCCGCGCAGCCGUACCAGCCGCCGGCGCCGCAGGACUUCGCCGCGCCCCUGGCGUACGCCUCCCCGCCGGAGCUCGUGCACAAACCGGUGCCGCUACCGGCGGUGAUCCCCCAGCAGUUAAGCUACGUCGUGGAUCCGAGUCAGGCGGCGGCGGUGGUGGGGGCGUAUCCCGCCGCUCAGCUCAGACAGCCAGACUUCAUCCAGCCAACAGCGCCCUUCCAGACGCAGGUGCAGCCGCCACCGCCCCACGUGGCGCCCGGACUUCCCGGGCUGGCCGGACUCCCGCCCACCCAGCCGGCGUUCGGCGUGGCGCCGCAACCCCAGCAUCAUGUGGCCCCAGUCCCCCUUGCCCCCGCUGCGGUCCCCUACAUGCCCCUGACGGCGCUCCAGGCUGACCUCCAGCCGCUGCUCGCCCCGGGCGCCGGGUUCACCCGUGCCGCCGCCGUAAGGACGUCCUCGCAGCUGGAGGACGCCCAGAAGCUCCUUCUGCAGCACCAAGGCCUGCUGGGACUGCCCCGGCUGGGCGGGGACGAGGCCGCCGCCCACAUGGGGAUGUCGGCGGAGGCCAGCGCCUUCAUGGCGGCGGCCGCCGGCCUGAGGAGCCAGCAUGGCGACGGAGACGACGACAGCUCUUCUGGUGCGAGUGUGGUGGCCAUCGACAACAAGAUCGAGCAAGCCAUGGACCUGGUGAAGAGCCACCUGAUGUACGCCGUGCGCGAGGAGGUGGAGGUGCUGAAGGAGCAGAUCAAGGAGCUGGUGGAGCGGAACUCGCAGCUGGAGCAGGAGAACAACCUGCUGAAGACGCUGGCCAGCCCCGAGCAGAUGGCCCAGUUCCAGGCCCAGGUCCAGACCGGGACCGGCACCGGGACAGGGACCGGGUCCCCCACCGGGACCACCGGGACCGGGACCGUCCAGCCGGGAUCCACGCAGGUCCAGAGCUCUGGACCUACAGCGUAAUCUGAGGAGGAAAUGGGGCGUGGCCACUGGACCUACAGCGUAACCCGAGAAGGAAGGAGAAAAGGGGGCGUGGCCAUACUGUGAACACAGGAGAACCACUUUUGUCGUUUUUUUUUUUAAAAAAACCUUGCACAUUUUUAAUUUAAAACUCUCCGACUUCCUUCGACAAUCUGGACAACGAGGCAGCUCGGCCAUUCGGCUCCCUCCUCCCCCCACCCCCAGGGGGCGGGGCUUCCUGGAUCUUUACUCCCCAGAACAUUUCAAACCGCCUCCCCCGCCCUGGUUCCGUUCCACUUUUAUGCAGGGAAUUGAGUGUUUUGUUGUACCUGGGGGGGGGGUUCGUGAAGGGGGGGGGCAUUCUGUCAGUUCUAUGAAAUAAAAGACAAAUGGACGCGACUGUUUUUUUCCUCUAACGGACUCAGUACAGACGAGGAGAACUGCCAAGUGCCUGGUUUCCCCAAACCGUAGAUAUAUAUACCAUGGAGCGGGCCGGCCGGCCCGCUCCAUGGUAUAUAUAUCUACGGUUCGGCCAGGCUUUUCUACUACCUGUGAUGUCAGCGUGAUCUCAGGGUGGGAGCGCCACGUUCUCGGCCUCGUUCUGCACCUCACACUCUCUGCUACUUUUAUUUGUUCUUUUUUUUUUUAAUCAUUUGUGGGUUUUUAUGUCUUUUUUUUAAAUUGUACAGCUGGUGUUUGUGUUUUUUUUUUUUUCCUUUUUUUUGAACUUUGAGCGCUGGACAUGAUAAAUGAGACACUUGGCAAAAAAAAAAAGGGGGGAAAAAAGAGAAGAAAAAAGGGAAAAAAUGUCAGAUUUGUGGAUGUUUUUUGUGCAUGUUUCCUCAAAGCCCAUCACAAAUGUGACGUUACGAAUUGCACUAGACAGCUGCACCUCAAAAUAAAAGUUCCAACAAAAAAG